AUGUCGAACUACUCAGCAGACAUCGUCGGAGUUGCUGAACGGGAAGUGCUGGGGGAAGUUCCGAACUUCAAUGAGAACAAGCCUAGACAUAAGGAGGCAGCAGAAACUCUAUUGGCUUUAGGAGAAUCGAGAGGAAGUACCAAUGAAGACCUUCAUGGUAAUCUCGGCCCCAUUUCUUCAGAAAGUCUUCAAACAACUAACGCCCCCGUGGAUGUAGAGUCGAACGAAACAAUAGUACCAGCUGCCUCUUUACCAGAAAGCCAUACUACGCGUUCGGGACGCACUAAUGAUAUAUCUUUAGAGAUUAAACAAAUAGUAUCAGCUGCCUCUGGAACACCAUCCCCUCAAUAUAAGCAGCCAGGACCCUCCACAGGGCCUACAACCGUCAAUUCCUUUUCAACUCCUACGACCAGCCAGACCGAAAAACGUCCACGAGCAGCUCCAGGUGAGAAGAAGUUCCUUUGCCAAGUCGAGAACUGUGGCAAAGGAUACACCACAAACAGAGCGUUAAAAACCCACGGAAAGGUCCAUCUUGAUAACACUCAAAGCCAUGAGUGUAAUAAGUGUGAUAAGCCUUUUCCUACUAAGGCGGCUUUGAACAAACAUAAAUCGACAGAUCACCGUGGCGAAUUCAAAUGUAGCUUGUGCGACAAAUACUUCGGCCUACGUGCAGGUAUACGGAAGCACAUUCAAAAUGAUCAUCCAGAAGUGGACGUAGCGGAUACUUUGGUUGGAAUUCAUCUGAGACAGGAAUUUGGCCGCGCCGUCAGCAUCUUCCUAUGCAAUGUUUGUCCCUGCUGGAAUACCGACAAGUACUUCUUCAAGACUCAUGUCGCAAAACGCCACAAAAGUCAAGGAACGGCUGCCACUACAGAAAAGUGUCUUGCCGAAUCAAAGGAAAGAGAUGAUGCUCGCUUCAACUCAUACACCUGUACUCUUUGCAGGUGGAGGACUCCUCACAUGGAAGCCAUCAGAGAUCAUGUCGAGGCAGCUCAUCCUAGCGAAGACAAAUAUCGAGUGUCCGCAGCUAUUCUCGGCACCAUGAAAGUCGAAGAAAUCCCCUACGAACGUGUCGACAAAAGAUAUAAAUGUCACCACUGCGAUCGGUACGUCGGUAAAUCGGAUCAUGCACUGUUCCUUCACAUCAAAGAGAGGCACGAAGAGUGGGAUGUGUACGAGCUUCAACUACGUUCGUUGAUGGGCAUGGAUUCUGCAGACUUGCUUCCCCAAAGAGGCGUGCCGUGGUUCGAAUGCAACUUCUGCCAGCAAUCGAGGAGGCGUCUCGCCAAUAUUAAACACCACAUCCGACGAGUUCACAAAGAUGAUAGAACAAAUUUCAAAGACAACUCCGGUGGUCAACCAUCUUUCUGGACCGAGUUAUCGGAGGCCGAGUCAAAAGUGCUAGAAGAAGUCGAGGCCAACAGGAGAAGAAAGCUCGGGAUUUCGGAUGACAAAGACAGCGAGGAUGGAGAGGAUGGCGAGAAUAGCGGAGAGGACGAGGACGAGGACGAGGAUGAGGAUGGAGACGAUGAGGACGGGAAUGGGGGCGAUGAGGACGGGAAUGGGGACGAGAAUGGGGACGAGGAACCGAUCAGGAAGUUUAGGAAGGUUGAGAAUAUUAGACAAUCUAAGGGAUUAUCUAAGAGCGGGUGA